UGUUGCUGCGGACGGCUCGACGCUGACUGGCAGAAGAAGACUUCAACGGAGAAAAAGAGGGAUAAAAUGACAGGGCGCGCAAAAAGAAAACACAAAGCCGUUCAGGAAAAAGGCACAAAUAAUGGAGAGGUGAAGAAAGCUCGAAGUGAAGAAUCCAAUGAUGUGCUGCCAUCGGGAGUGAAAUCGGAGCAACGUGAUGAGCUGAUGCAGUUAUACAGUUUUCAAAUGCCAGAAGAUCUGUACCACUUCUGGGAAUUCUGCAGCGAGCUUUGCACUGACAACCCCUGUGGUGCUCUGAAAGACUCGCUGGGAUUGCAGCUAGUUGGACCAUUUGAUAUUUUGGCAGGAGCUCACAAAAACUCCAAGAAUUCCCAGCCGAACUUCCACCUUCACUGGCGAUAUUUUUAUGACCCACCAGAGUUUCAGACCAUACUCGCAGGGUGUGAGAACAGCCAGCAUCACAUUGGUUACUACAGAGAUACUCCAGACUCCCUCCCUUCGUUUGUUGGGGAAAAUGAAGCCAAGAAGGGCUGUACUAUAACACAGAUGGGGGACAACGUGUUUGCUGCAGUCCACCUGUAUCUGCUGAGGAAGAGGAAAGAUAGGGGCAGUAAGAAAACUGGGGAUGAGGCAUUGGAAACCUUGGAGGCAAAGCUGAGAGACAAAGCACAGACUCUGGGCUUUUCUCUGGAGCAGAAGACCAAAGACAUGAAGCAGAGAGACAAGAAGGUCGUAACAAAGACAUUCCACGGCGCGGGCAUUGUUGUACCUGUAGACAAGAAUGAUGUUGGAUACAGGGAACUUCCAGAAACAGAUGCUGGUCUCAAGAAAAUUUGUAAAGCCAUUGUUGAAGCACGGACUGAUGAAGAACGCGUCAAAGCUUUUGGACCAAUCCAGGAAAUGAUAACAUUUGUUCAGUUUGCUAAUGAUGAGUGCGAUUAUGGCAUGGGUUAUGAACUGGGAAUAGACCUCUUCUGUUAUGGAUCUCAUUACUUCCACAAGGUUAUCAAGCAACUUUUGCCCAUGGCUUACAACUUACUGAAAAGGAACUUGUUUGGGGAAAUUUUGGAGACCCAUCUGUCAAGUCGUAUCCAUGACAACAUAGACCAACUCUCUCCACAUUAAAACAAAAAAAAUUAUUCAGAAGUACAUUUCUGUUCUGGCUCUUUAUAAGCUUUCCCACCAUGUGUUCUUGUCUUCUGUUGUUUGUCAUUGCUGAUAUUUUUGGUGGAUUUGUGCUGCUGUCACUAACUGGAAACAGUUUAGUGAUGUCUUGUUUGUAAAAGGUAGCUGUUCAAUAAAGCUUUUUUUAAAUAUA